AUGUGCUUGGUCCGAGAGCGUCACGGUGGUGGAUGUGCGGUCUAUGUAAGAAGUGAUUUUCAUUAUAUACGAUUAUUUGAAUUUGAAAAUGCACGAUUUAAAAUACUAGUAAUGCGCCUAACGUUAGAAAAUCAUUUAAGUGUACUAAUUUUGAAUGUGUAUCGUCCACAGACGAUUACUGUGAGGCAAAUAAAAGAGCAAUUACACAAUGUACUUGAAGAAAUAAAUAAAUCAAAAUAUAAAAAAGAUUAUAUUAUUAUAGUAGGUGACUUAAAUGCGCAGAAUAAGUCUUGGUCUAUGAAUAACGUAGAUUCAACUAAGGAAGGAGUAGAACUCGUAGAAUUUCUUGAAUCAGAAAAUUUGUUUCAGUUAGUUCGAGGAGUAACAAGAGAAGUAUCUAACACUUGUUUAGAUUUAAUUAUUACCACGAAUCCAUCAUUUAUUAAUGAUGUAGUAAUUCAACCAAAGUUAGAUAGAAGUUAUCACAGUUUUAUUGAAUUUAAAAUGAAUACGCUUUUUUGUAAAGGUAGAAGAAUGAGAACUGUUUAUGAUUAUGGUGCGGUAAAUUAG